UAUAUACUAACACAACUACUAUAUAUAGACCUGUCUAUCUAUUAAUUGCCUCAUCGCUCUUAAUUUCCACUACAUACUGAUCUCUAUCUUCACACACGCACAAAAAAAAAAAAGUAUGGCUGGCUUCAAGAAAUUGCUUGCAACUAUUUUCCUUGUGCUGAUGUUGGUUUUUGCCAGUGAGAUGGCUGAGGCAAGGAAGUGUGAGUCCCAAAGCCACAGGUUCAAAGGACCAUGCGUAAGGAAGAGCAAUUGUGCUUCUGUUUGUCAGACUGAGGGCUUUACUGGUGGCCAUUGCCGUGGCUUCCGUCGCCGUUGCUUCUGCACUAAACACUGCUAAAUCAACCAACAUUAUUUAUCGAAUUAAUUGGUUUUUUAUUUGAGUGCUUUUUUUUUUUUCUUUAAGAAAAAUGAAUGUUAUCGUGUAUUUUGUAUCGUUUUAUCUUCGUGCUAUCUAUCGUAGAAAUAAGUGAGAAUCAAAAUGUACUCAGAAAUUGAUCUUUUUGUUUCUUAACUUUGAUGGUUGUUUUUGUGA